GAACUAUGAUAGUCUCCGGGUGCUGUGCUCGAGUACCAGUACGAAUACUCUACUCGUAUUUUCGUCCUCAAGUGCCGGUGUUAGCUCUGCACCACCACGUCUUUUCUCCUAUCUUUUGCCAGAGAUACCACCAACUGUCCGGAUAUGAUGGGACGAUUUAGGCGAGCGAACUCUCUUGUUGGACUGGAUGGAUAUGGCCCUUCUAAAUGAAUUCAUCAAUUCUACCCUACCGUCCCCUACAAAUAUUCUGGGUUGCUGUCAUUGCAACGGUUCCGGGAUGGGCUCGGUGAUUUGGCGGGUUUCACUUUUUUUUCGUCGAGCUGCGGGUAUCCAGCGGCUAUGGAAGCUGACCACGGGGUUUGCAACAGUAACGAACGAUGGAAGCACAGUCAAGCUUGGGGAGGGUGACACUGGCUGGGUGGGGGGUUCCAACCUCAUGCCGUACUCCAUUUGUUGUCCUCCAGAAUAACAACUGCACCGUCCCUGAUCAUCGCGUUAUUCCUGCUUUCCCCACCGGUUCAACCUCAUCUGGUGCUCUCCUGUCUCGUUUGUGCCUUUUGUAACGGCCGAGAUUGAAGGUGAGGGAUCGUCACGUCUCUCCCCCAGCUCCUGCUUUGGACCAACAAUCCCCCCCACCCCUUGUAUUGUCCUCUGCGUUAUCGGUACCGUAGUCUACGGCAGUCUGCCCGAUACUUGAUUGUUUUGUUUUGUUUUCUUUGGAUUUUCCUUGUUUUUGAUACUUGUAGUUUGCUUUGACAUCCAACGCCCCCCCGAGAUAUACUCGUACGAUACUGUACAGUACUAGUACAGGUACCGGUACCGUGUCUCGAUUGUUGUCAUCCCCGAAUCCGAGUGUUCUUUGCGGUGGUCGUUGGUUUGGUGUUGCUUUUUGUGGUUGUGGCGGUCCCGCUGCCAUUGCGCCUCAACCCCUCCCCCCUUGUGUAAGGUCGGAUAUCGACGCAACGACAACCCUACCGUAAAUUUACGCUACCCAACCGCUCCAGCUGGAAGCGGAAGCAGUGCCCUGUGACGAUUGCUAUCCCGCUACAUCAUCACCUCCCGUCAUCAUCCAUUAUCGGUAACAGCACUUCCCCCCGCACUGCCUCAUCUCCUCCCCGAUGUCCCACCGCCAGCGUCGAGCGGGUCCUGGAGGUUCACAACGUUCAAGGCAAUCUGUCCUGGUGACCGCUGACGAUGCUUACAACUAUGCCCUCCGUUGCGCUUACCUGGCCUACCUGCUCCAGCCCCGUCCUAGGCGACAGGUCCCCACUCCCGCCCCGCCACAGGUCCAUCGUUCGUCGACCAGCUUCCAUGAGUUGAUGCGGGAUUUCGCUAGCCAUACGAGCCGAGGAUCCAAGGGUAACAAGUUUCCUAAAGGCUUUCUACCCGCACUUCAGCCGAGGUUAGAGGGUGUGGUUAUGGGAAGGGAGUCUGGCGCCGAAUACAAAGAUACUGCUGUGAAACGAACAUUCGGAGCCUUCUACGCCGCUUUCAGGGAGCCUCGUUUCUAUGAAGGAGUGGCAAAGUCUCGACGGGCCGAGGACCUGGUCUUGAUCUUUUAUUCUUCGGCUACUAAGGAAUUACAGAAGGUCAAGCAGGAUGAUUCAUGGAAAUGGUUAUCCGACCGUCAUGUGGCGUUGUUCGUGAGGCUUAUGUACAGCGUCCUCAAGGAAAAGGAUUGGAUCGGGAGUUACCCCGAAUUGGCGUCGCAAUUGGCAUCUCUGGAAUCCAAGCUGCUCCAGCAUGAUCAGAAUCUGGCGGAGGAGACCCGCCGGACUUCUACGGUGAUGGUCAUGGCCCCCCCAGCACCCUUGAGCUACGAUGUCAAUGACAUGCCCUUGGUGGGGAUAGUAGCUAGGAUUUUUGGUGUAUCUCUGCAGAAAUGCCAGCAAGAUAUUAACGUGAAUAAAUCCUUGUGGACGGAGAAGGCAGCCCUCAUGGAUAUGAAGGCAUAUAGCAAUAACUUGAGUCUCGGGAAUACUAGGCGGGCGUUGCGGAGUGAGGAUUUUGAUACGGAUGAAGCGUGGGAAGCAUGGCGGAAAUUGGAGACACCAGCUCUCUCCCAGAUCAUGCUCGAAAUUGUACAGUCGAAUCCUUCGGAGCUCGCAAAAGCGACUUCUGGCCCGAGUCCGAUUACGACUCGACCGCAAUCUUUGCAGCAGAGCAGUGCAUACCCCUAUCAUGACCCUUCACGGUCGUCCACAUCAUUGGAUGCAUCUUCUUCCAUGCACGGCUAUGAUCACCCAGUCUACAUGGGAAAUUUCAAUGUAUCCACCCCUGUCGCUGACAAUAUACUUGACACGCCGUAUACCUAUAUUCCGCCGGACCCUCGAGUGUAUUUCCGCCACGUGGUUGAAAAAUGCCUUUCGUAUGACCUUCGGGACCCUGAUGCUCUUCCGAUGGACGUCCCAGGGGCUGAUCCUGCUGUUCUUCUUUCGAAGGGCUCCUUAGAUAUUUUGAGUGAGUGUUGUGCACGCUGGCGCAUUCCCCAGUUUUCUAGUUCGAUCUUGUUCUUGGAUGUUAUCCGGAAGUUUUACCAGGAUCAAGACAUCGAUCUUGUUACUUUGGAUGCCGCUUGGCUAUAUGCUAAAGGGACCACCGAUUUUGAUUGGAGAAAUUGGACGAUAGCUGAUCAGAAUCUCUAUCGCCUGAUAUUGUCAUCUAUCCAUGAUACCCUCCUCAGGGAUCUCUAUGAUCUUCUCCAACAUGCAUUUGACCCAAAAGCUAAGCCCGUUGGGCGGGUUAUGUACAUCCUAAACCAGCACAUAUACGAGGACCCAUUAUUCACAUCGACUAGUUUGGAGAGCUACAUUGAACAAUUGAAAGAAGGACUACGGAAUAGGGCGUCCGAGGUACUCGGGGAAAUUGUCAGCGAGCUACCCCAAGACAGAAACGAGUUGGAUCCAUUUCAUCUGGUUGAAUUGACCCAGAAAAUCAUUAAACUAGCGGAGAAGGUUAACAAACGUUUUAAAGAACCUCUCAUGGGGUAUGUUUUUGAUGAUCUUCACCUGCUGAUGUCCUGUGCAAUUUCCCCCCCCUCAAUUCUAACAUGGAAAUCUACCUGACUAGGUCCGUGGACCCGAUGAUGAUAUUUGUCGAGGUUGUGUUUCCAGAAUAUGCUGCUGUUGCACGAGAGGUGGUUCUGGGGAUUAUGGAGGCGUACCAGGAAAAGAACCGGGAGGUGGAGAUCGAAGACGGAUUUGAUCUUUACAGGGAGCUAUCGGAGAUUCGUCGGAUCUAUGGAGACUUGUAUCCCAAAAACGAAUUCCCAAUCCACCUUGAAGAUUUUCUAGCGGACUUUGUGUGGCGUUGGAUCAAGAACACUGAUGCCAAAGUGAUCGGCUGGGUUGAUGAGGCUAUCAAGCAAGAUGACUUUAUCAUAAGGGUUCGUCAGGAGCAGGGGCGUGAGCCGACGGACGAUGAACGCCACACAAUGUCUGUAGUGGAUAUUUUCCGCUCCCUGAAUCAGACAAUCGAUUACAUCAAGAAGCUCGAAUGGAGGGACGACGUCCAGUGUGGAAAAUUCAUGACGGCUUUAGCGAAGACCCUUGGCAGUGGAAUUGCCAGAUACUGCGAAGUAUUGGAGAAGCUGUUUACUUUUGAAAUGGACAGACAAACUCCGGAACAGGAGGCCGCAGCGCGCCAGACAAGGCAGCAAAGAUGGAUGACUAUGGCGCGGGAUGCGUGGAGUAAUAAGGAUAAAAUUGAGCCGUUCCAGUUUGCUCCAGAGGUAUGCCUGCUCUCAAUUCUGCAGUGUUGUAAACGUACAAAAGCUAAUGGCUCCCAGUCGUGUACAAAACUCAAUAAUAUUGAAUUCGCCCUUCAGCAACUUGACAAAUUGGAGCACACUGUCGAUGUUGACGGGGUUGCAGCGACACUUGCAAGACACACUCCACCUGUUACUCAGCAGAGAAAGAAAUCCAGUAAUUAUGUUUUCACCAUCAAGAUCGUGGAGGCUGAAGACCUGAAAGCUAUGGAUAUCAAUGGCUUCAGCGAUCCUUACGUGGUUUUGGGUGACGAAUAUCAGAAGCGAUUAGCAAAAACUAGGGUCAUAUAUAGCAACCUCAAUCCAAGAUGGGAAGAGACAGUGGAUAUCACUACGCAGGGGCAGAUCUGGUUGACGGCGACGGUGUGGGAUUGGGAUACUGUCGGAGACCACGACUGCGUUGGGAGGACCAGUAUUAAGCUGGACCCAUCCAACUUCGGAGAUUUCCUGCCAAAGGAAUACUGGCUGGAUCUGGAUACUCAAGGUAGACUUUUGCUGAGGGUUAGUAUGGAGGGCGAACGAGAUGACAUUCAGUUUUACUUUGGGAGAGCGUUCAGGACUCUGAAGCGAAGCGAGAGGGACAUGACGCGACAGAUUACAGACAAGGUAGGAAUUCCCUCUGGUUUGAAAUAUACUUGGCCUAACAAAAUUUUCUAGCUGUCCGCGUAUAUUCACCAUUGCCUCUCGCGCUCUGCUCUGAAGAGUGUACUUUCUAAAGGAUAUAGCAUAUCGGCGGUCUCCAGUCUGUUUAGCCGCACAGGACUGGGCGGCAAUCGCCCACCGUCAACUAGCGGGCAAGGUGUAACCGAUGCGGAGAUUGCAGCAGCCGUUGUCCCACUGACAGAUUAUUUCAAUGAGAAUUUCGCAAUCUUGAAUCAAACACUGACCAGUGCUGCCAUGACUUUGGUAAUGUCCAAGCUGUGGAAAGAGGCUUUGGUUACAAUUGAAGGCCUGCUUGUGCCCACGCUUUCGGAUAAACCAUCCCAGCAAAAGCAGCUGUCUCUACAAGAGACCGAGACAGUCUUCAAAUGGUUGCAGGUAAUUCCCCGGGUCCCUGAGCGAUCAUAGAAAGGCAGAAGCUAAAACGGUGAAGCUCAUGUUCGAUUUCUUCCACGCCGUGGACGAAAAUACAGGCGAAGCAACUGGUGUCCCCAUAGACGUCCUCAAAUCCCCCAAAUACCAUGAGCUCCAGUCCCUAAACUUCUUCUAUUUCGAAUCAACCGAUAACCUGAUUCGCACAUCAGAACGCAUGGCCGGUGCCUCCGCGGCCCGCCAACAGCAGGCCCGCCAGAAGAUGAUGGAAAAGAAUAAUCUGGCACCCACAAACUUUGGCGGUUUCCUGGGUGUCCCGGGCGCGAAGCGCACGAAAUCCGUUCUGAUGAGUAGAAACCUGGGCACAAUGCGGAAAGCAAAGGAAGAGAAACGCAGGGAAGCCCAAGCUGAGCCCAACGAUGAUAUGAUUCUGCGAAUCCUACGUAUGAGGCCGGAGGCUGCGCCCUACCUUAAAGAUCGUAGCAGACAAAAGGAGAGGCUCGCUGCUACGGCGGCAGCUGAAGCGAUCGUUCGUCAGAGUAUGGGCUCUGGCCCUGGGAGAAUGGGAACGAUGGUCCCUGGUGGCCCUUCUAGAAGGUGA